CUAAAACUCUAGCGCACAUGGCGCAUGUUAUCCGUCUUCAAUCAUUCUCCAACCGAUUUCAUUCAUUAUUAAUACUCAUGUAAAAAAUCUUUCCUCAAAAAAAAAAAUACUCAUGUAAAAAAUAGUAUUCCAAUAAGUUACCAUCUUUAUGCAUAUAUUUCCACAAUUUAAACAAAAAAUUCAAGAAAAAAAUAAACCCAACAACUAUUGCAUAUACAUUCUCCAGUUAAAGAAGGGGGCUUGUGAAUCUCGAUCUAAAUAGAUUUCGGACAAACCCUAGGGUUCGAUCACCCACCAGCCCUCUAUUUCAGGGCCAUUCAUUAUUUUUCUCAACAAAAUUUAUCUCCUUUUCGCUCAUUAAGAGCUCGACUUCGAGUUAAAUUUUGUUGUUUUUGUCUUUCUUGUUUUGUGUGAUUGAGGUAGGUAGGUAGUGAAUCUGAAUUGGGAUCCAAGUGUUGUUCUUGGACUUUGUUUUCUCAGUCUUGGUAUUAUUGCCCAGUUCAGGCAUGUGACAGCAUUUUUGCUGUACUUAUAUGCCAUGAUUUGCUAGGUUGGGAACUUUUAAUCUGGGAUUUUAUCAGAUAUAUAUAAUUUUUAUAUUUCAGUAGAGAUUAUUAUUCUUGAUUUUGGUCUGUUUAGUCAAGUGGGUCUGAGAUUUUUAGUUGAAUUCAGCAUUAUUAAUGGCAUGAUUGGGUUAAGUUGAAUUGUAUUGCUUAAGUGAUAAAGAUUGAAUCUUUGAGUUCGAAAUACCAUUGGGGAGUAAGUUUUGGGGAUAGAAAUUUGCCCUUCUUGAGCUGUGGUUGGAGAUUGGAUUGUGAAAUAGUUGGAUGAGGGAGAGGGGGAGAUGAGAGGUGAAGUUUGGGGAUUGAGGGGACAACAAUGACUACAGGGUCAUUGGGUCUUCGAUCUUCGGGAAGUUAUGGAUCGUUGCAGCAAAUACAGAAUGCCGCAUUCUGUUUGCCAAUACAAACGACGCCACCUGUCUCAAGGAAGCCGCCUAAGAUGCUCAAGGAGAAGGAUAGAUUCUUCCAUUGGAUCUUUAAAUUCGCCCCUAGAAAGAAGAUUGGAAUGCUGCUAUUGUGUUUUGUGUCCCUCGUCGUUUUCAUGUGGGUGUUGAUUGUUGGCAAAGGUGAGGAGGCUCGAGAAAACAUUCUUCCGCGGAUAAAUAUUGACUCUGCACCAACAUCUGAUGAGAAAAUUAUUGUGAUUGGAAGUUCCGGUUCUCAAACUCUGGAACUGCUGGGGAGUGCAAAUGUCACCCUGUUACCUCUACCUCAACCUCCACCUCCACCUCCACCUCCACCUCCACCACCACCACCUGUUUAUUUUACUGGGUAUAAACUCCCACCUGGGAAUCCAUGUGAGCAUUUCACGUUGCCUCCGCCUCCAGCGGAUAAGAAGAGGACCGGGCCACGUCCAUGCCCAGUAUGCUACCUGCCUUUGGAAGACGCCGUUGCUCUGAUGCCAAAUGCAUCUUCUGUUUCUCCUGUGAUUAGGGAUUUGACAUACAUUCAUGAAGAAAAUUUAACUAAAUCUGAAUUUGGAGGGUCACUAUUUGGUGGUUAUCCUUCCCUGAGACAGAGAAGUGAUUCAUAUGAUAUAAGAGAGUCGAUGAGCAUCCACUGUGGGUUUGUCAGAGGAGUGAAACCGGGUCGUGAGACAGGUUUUGACAUUGAUGAUUCUGACCUUCUUGAGAUGGAAAAUUGUCGAGGAGUGGUAGUUGCAUCAGCAAUAUUUGGGGCAUUUGAUUUAAUACGACAACCAAAGAACAUCAGUGAAUAUACCAAAAUGAAUGUCUGCUUUCACAUGUUCGUGGAUGAAGAAACAGCAGACUUUUUAAGGAACUCCACCGAGCUAGGCAGUGACAAGAAAGUUGGGCUGUGGAGGAUUAUAGUUGUCCAUAACCUGCCUUAUUCUGAUCCAAGACGCAAUGGAAAGAUUCCCAAACUUCUACUUCAUCGGCUUUUCCCCAAUGCCCGGUACUCAUUGUGGAUUGAUGCCAAACUCGAGCUGGUUGUGGAUCCCAUUCAAAUUCUUGAAAGAUUUUUGUGGAGGAAAAAUGCAAGCUUUGCGAUAUCAAGGCAUUACAAGCGGUUUGAUGUGUUUGUUGAAGCAGAGGCUAAUAAAGCCGCUGGGAAAUACGAUAAUUCUUCUAUUGAUUUCCAGAUUGAGUUUUACAAAAAGGAGGGCUUGACACCAUAUUCGGCGGCAAAGUUUCCCAUUACUAGUGAUGUUCCUGAGGGAUGUGUUAUUGUCAGGGAGCAUAUUCCUAUCACCAAUCUCUUCACCUGUCUAUGGUUUAACGAAGUGGACCGUUUUACUUCGAGGGACCAGAUAAGUUUUUCCACCGUAAGGGACAACAUCUCGUCGAAAACUAAUUACACGAUCAAUAUGUUCUUGGACUGUGAAAGACGCAACUUUGUCGUCCAGGGUUACCACAGAGACUUGCUCGCGAGCUGGUCUCCGCCUCCGCCCCCCGCUGAAAUUGCUGAUGUUCAUCCUCCGCCACCUAUUAUCACCAUUAACGACAAUAACGGAACCUCAGCUGCUGGGGUUGUAGCUGACAGCCUCAGAGGCAGUCAAGCUAAGAAGGUCCCCACGAAGCACGGGAAAGACAGACGGUCGAGGCGCCACCGGAAAGUUGUUAGUGGCAGUAGAGAUGCCACCACCAAUUCAAAUUUUGUCUAGACAUGAUUCUUAGAUUCUUUCCUCCCUUGUUUCAAGAUGUGCAACGUAAGAAUCAUAGGUAUAUUUUUCAAUAUAAGGUUAAAAAAAUUUCUUCUUUUUUCUGUAUGUGUUGUACUUUUCAUUCUUACAGAUUACACAUUUUGAUCCAAUUUUUUGAUGUAUAUAUACACAAUGAUCCUAAUAAUUAUCACAUGGGGUUAUUUUAA